AUGGUGUUGUUCUGCCCUUGUGAGGAAGAUGCUGUAACCCUGGUGAAGCUACAGUUAUGGCCAGGAUCCGCAAAACGACCACAAGUUGCAUUCCAUUCCAAACUGAUGAUGCUUGCAGAAAUGUUGUUAUUGGAAUGUCAUGUGUCACUUAAGAAGUUUUGUGAUACUUUAGGAUUAGAAAAAUCUAACAUGUUGCCAACAUGGGUAAGUGCAUAGUGAUAUAUAUCAAGUGCCAUACAUGGAAUUAUAAAAUUUACAGUAAUGUCUCUAUAUAAAUACUGUAAUAAGAUAACAAUAAUGAAUAUUUAUCUAUAAAACAUAUGUACCGGUAGAUAUGUCUAACCCUUUAAGCGCUAGUGCUCUCUCCAUGACCAUCAAGUAAAAUUGUCUGGCGUUAGACAGAGUAUAUAUAAUGAUAAAGUGGGAUGCAUUAGGGCACAAUGUGAUUUAAUGGGUUAACUAGACACGUGGUCAGAUAGGCCAGUUAAACCACCAAUUAAGCACCAAUUGUCUGGUGUUAGACAGAUUUAUCUAGUAGAAUAAUAAAGUAGGGCACAUCAUGGCACAUUGUGACUCAAUGGGUUAAACACAAUAUACUGAAUGUGUGUCUUUGUAUUAAGGGAACUACAGUAUUAAUAGAAGCUUAAUUAAUUUAGUUAAUGGUUUUAUCCAGAAAGGAGGUGCUUGCUGUAUUUGAGAAAGAUUACAUGGAGAAUAAUACUGUACAUGGGUGUCAUGCGUGUGCGGAAAAUACCAGGUUUUUUUUAGUGUUGCACGAUAUUUCAAGAAUCUCAAGAGUGAGCGACAAUUGAAAAGCAAAACUUUUCACAUGUGAAAUUAUCAUAAUAAUCUCACAUGUCAACAUGUGAGAUUAUCAGUUUUACAAGUUCUCAAAAUCUCUAUAAAGCACUGUACUUUAUACAAUAUUAUCUAAUAUCUUAUCAGUAGAAUGAUGCAAUAUUUAAAAGGUAUUCUAUGUACUCUAUGAGCACAGACUGUCCAGUGAGUGUAGUGAUUCCAAUGAUACCUUGGAGCAGUGUGUCUAACUCUUGGUGCAUUUAUAAGACAGUGUGCUGUACUUCAGGUUAAAUUAUAGUACUUAUAAAUAUGUUGCAUUUUCUAAUAGCUUACAUUAUAAUGUGAUUAUAUAGGUUAAGAAUGUUUGCCAGAUUCUAAACAGUGGCUCCUUUGAUGAAUUUCGGCAAUAAUAUCUUAUUUUUUAAAUUGAGAAUGAUCAUAAAUAUAAAUUGUAUUUGAAUGUUUGUAUAGCCCAUUUGAGUGGCAGUAAUUUAAUUAAUUGAUGACUUUAGAUACAUUAGUAAAAUAGUAGUAAAUUAAAGUAGGAUGGAAAUAAACCAAAUACAGUACCGGUAUGUCACUUUUCAACCAAAACAAUUAAAAAGGAAAUUUUUACCUGUAAAGUAGCAUUGAUUGCACCAUGUAUUGUACCCUCAAUUUCAUUAACCUGAUCUACUGUUCAACAUGACACUAGAUAAUUGUAUACUGUAGUACAAUUUUCAUCAAGGCAAGAGUGCUGCUCAAUUGGUUAAAAGAGAACUUUUUCAUUUUUAGGUAUCAUCAAUACUUGUUUAGGACAAUGAAGCCUUCUUCCUGAGCACAGUACACUAGCUAGCGAGUGUCCACUUUGUCCUGAGUAUGAGGUAAAAAAACUAAAUGAACUGAACAACUCUUGGUCGGUCUCUUGAUUUUUACUGACUUGUUGAUACUGAAUGAAUUUGAGAUGUUAGUCAUUGAAGAUGCAUUCGACAAUGACCUGGCAUUUAUAUCUACUGUAUUAUUGCAAUGUAAAACCUUGAUUUGUUUUUUAAUGAUUAUUUUAUGUUCUAGAGUGAAACUAAUGGCACCAGUAAUUGCAAAAUGUUAUGAUCGAGUCUAUGAAUGGAUGCUUUCGACUUGUAAGGAAAAAAUCUGCUGGUUCAAAUAUUGUACCAUCAAGGCACAGUGCUACUUUUUUUGCAAGUUGUGAUGAAGUGGACAGCUUUGUUGAUGAAUACUGUAAAAGCGCUAAAGAAGCACCUACGGUUAGACACCUACGUCCUUUUGUUAUAAUUAUAUUGUGCGUUUUUGCAGGGCCAAAGCUAUUGGGGGGGGGGUGACUCUAGCUAUGACCCUGCAAAUUGUGUGACACCCCCUGAAAACGUCUUGUCGGCAAAAUAACGGAUUUAUCGGCAAAAUAAUGGAUAUAUCGGCAAAAUAACGGAUAUAUCGGCAAAUCGUCUUCGUAUUCAGUGAAAAUAUGUGAGUGACUCGGAUUAAAAAGUAGUAGUUAUAGCGAAAUAUUUUGAUAAAUUUAUGAAAUUAUUACUGAAAAAUGUAGAAAUUACAUUACAUUAAUUGGAAAUUUAGUGAUAAAUGGUAUGUCCGGAAAAUGUUUUACCUCCCCCCCGGAAAUGUUGUCGGCAAAUACGACACUAUACCCCCUGCCCCCUGCUUUAGCCUCUUCGCUACGGCCCUGCGUUUUUGUUGCUUAAUACCCUUGUUUGUAUUUUUUAAUUUUGCAUGGUAAUGAUAUGGCCAGAACUGAACAUCCCUGCAUGCAUGAAUAUUAUCUAGACUGCUGUUCGUUCUUGUACAUUUACAGUAUGCACACUUUCACAAGUACAGUAUUUAAAGUGGCCAACUGGUGCACCUAACUGACUAACCCAACACCAAUGUUAGUUAAAUACAUAUUUAUAUUGAUAUAUUUCUUUCAAUAUUUAUAAAGAAUUGCAGUGAAUUUAAAGCUGGAGAGGUGGAUAGCAUGCUACGAUCGAAAGGAAGGAAUAAGUUAUUUGAUGAAAAAGGAGUGUUCGUUCGAGUUUGUAGGCAUGAGUAUCCUAAAGGUUUCAUCAGUAUGAAACAUGGAGAAAGGUGUUUGUACUUUAAUUUUCCACCAGAGCUACAAUUUAUACUUCCAAUACUGAUGACUUUGCAAUACCAUACCGUGUAGUGUAAAGUAACAGUAGGUUUGAUCUUGCCAGUUUUUUUGUUUUUUUUAGGAUUGCGUAUAUUCAGUGUUCGAAGUUGAGCGUCUGCUGUCGUCGAACGCACCCUGUAUUGACCUUAAAAUUACGUAUGAUAUAAGUUGCACUCUCUAAGCUCAUUUCGAGGUAGAGAAAGCAUACUUUGAAUAUUUAAUACUAUAAUACAUGCUGUGAUCUGAUCUCCUCUAUUCUAUUGCACAGCAUCCCAGCUGUGUAUGUAUACGAUACACAACCUAAUCUUGUCUUGGGAAUAAUGGGAAUAUUCUUGUCUAAAGAUAAUGUAUUUUGGUAAUUUGAUAGAAAAACGACAGGCAGGAUAUUCUUUCAAGUGUUGAAUUGGCAAUACCCGUGUUUCAUUCUUAUGGUCACAAGUCAUUGUGUCAGGUUUGUUAAGUUCUGCAUAAUCGUAGUACAGUGUACUUUUGGACUCUUCUUAAAAAUUUAAUCAUGAGUGGUGUACAUUGUUAAUGUAAUGCAAAGGAAAAGCCUCUGUUCGCAUUAUGAUUUAAUCCUGCGGACUUCACUUGCUUGCACCCUCAACUGCAAAUUAAAAAGCCAGAACCCGGGUUUCAAAUUUGGUGGAGGAUGCAAACAGGCUUAUUUCUCUGCUAACCACGUCAUACUGAAUGAUGAUGCCUUAAAAUGUAAGAAAUAUAUACUUAAGUGAUGGCUUAAAACGUAAGAACUCGACACAGAAGGCCAUAGAUGUUUGAUUUUAAGUAUGAUUGUCUGUUUUUUUGUUUGAUUCUUUCUUCCCUUGAUAAUCACUAAUGAGUUUCAGCAUAAUGCAUUAUUAUAUCUUGUUGUGGUGAUGAGGAAUGUCGUUUGUACUUUGUGUAGAUUGGCAAUAGUCCCAGAAGAAAAAGCGCUUUUGGACUUACUGACAGCGAGGGAAUAGAAAGGUUAUGGGCUUAUUUGAGAGGAUUCUCCGCAAUCACAAAAGAAAUGAUCCCUGGGCGUCGAGUCGAUGUCUUGACUGAUGGACUUCUUCAUUAUGCUCAGCAUCGGAUUAAUCAAUUCGGUAAAUAUUAUAAUAAAAUUAUUGUGUAUAAUUCAUAUAUUUGAAAUAUUGACUUAAAAAAUUAUCAAACUACAGUACUACGCCUAUUGGUUAUUUCUCAGGACCAUCGCUUCUUGCUAAAGUGAAGAGAGCAAAAGAGCUUUUGGAAACUACAAAGCUUCAAUUAGAUGAGAUAUUCUCAAAAUUACAAGGUACAGUAUAUGCACAUGCAUGUGGAUGCAUGCAUGCAAGCAAGCAACAUUUUAAAAAAUACAGUUUACCAUAUAUAUUUACGAUGUUUCAUGCAAUAUGAAUUGCUCCAUUUAUUGGCAUUAGAUAUCACUGACGUGUCAUAUGUGUUAUUUUAGCUAUUUUGUUUCACAGCAUAUAAAUUUUAAAAACUGAAACAAAUGUUUUUCUUAUAUACACCUGUAGUUCCACUUGAUGCCAGCUUAAUAGAACGUUGGACCGAUGAGGAGAAAUCUCUAUUGUUGUCAAGAAAUAGUAAGUUCAAAAAUUCACUCUUUUGGGCUUUAUAUUUUAAUAACACCGCUGCAGUACCCACAUGCAGUUCAUAUUUAUUUACUGUUCAAGUUAUUGCAUUAUAGCAUACACUGUAUAUUAUUUUGUUUUCUUGUUAAGCAGAAAAGGUUUUACCUGUAACAUGGGAAGCAAAAUACGUACAGAAUCUGUCGUACUUAGAAGAACUCUGGUACAUGAAAGCAUUUUUUUAUCACUAUACGUACAGUAUAUGACCACUUUACCCUUAACAAUUGUAUUAACUUGUUUAUUAUUAGCAUGACAAAAUUACUGGAUGCUGAUUGGUUGAGAGGAGUACAAUUAUUUCAUUAAUUGUACUGCAGUACAAUUAAUGAUUUUCUCAAAACAAACAAAAUGGCCGAAAGGUAUUUUAAACACAAUUGCGAAAUGAAAUUGCCGUGGAGGAACUACAUGAAAAUACGAACAAAAGCACCAAGUUUUGCUUGAACAAAAGAACUAAAUGAAAAUACAAACAAAAGCACCAAAUUUUGGUUGAAAGUCUGGCAGGACUGAUGGGCUUUGGCGAAAGAAUACAAUGUUGACAUUGAGAAGUACGUAUCCCAUUUUGUCAUGCUAAUAAUAAACAAGUAAUCAUGCGAUGUUGCUCGUACAAUUAAGGAUUAAUAGUACUCGUGAUGUUUGGAAAUUUGCCAAAUUGGACUCACCCCGGCGGCUUGUCCAAUUUUGGCAAAAUUUCUAAUUGUACUCGCCAUCGCAUGAUUACCUAUACUAAUACGUUGUGUAAUUAUUUAGACACAGUAUUGCCGAAAACCACGAUGCUAUAAAUGACUUAGUGAGGAAGAGAAGAGUGUGAGCUAUUUUCUUUGUUUUCCUUUAUUCGCAAACUUAUUUCUAUCACUUUAUCUAUUUUGAUAACUCUGAAUCUUCAGAACAUUAAAGACUAUUAAUUAAUUGGAACGAAAGCAUCAGGUAAAAAAAAGAUGGAAAGUUGGCGAGGUGCAGUAUAAUUCUGCAGUACGUGUGCUUGAAUGUGAGAGAAAGCAUUGUGUCUUGGAGAAUUUGUAUACUAUAGCAGUGGAACGGAUAUUUCUAUUGACUUUAAAGCGUAAAUAUUCAGGUACUGUACGAAGCUGUUAUAAAAUUAUACUAAUCAAAGCCAAAGGCCAUUGAAACCGAGUCACGGAUGAGAUCAAAUGAAAGUGACAGAAAGAAUUAAGAGCAGUUUGCAGUUGUUUUUGCAAACGGAUACCGUGUAAAUUUUGCCAUUUUUCGUGUUUCUUUUGCCAAAUCAAAAGAACGAAAUCGUUCUUCAGCCGAUUUCCAGUUCUGAAAGGCCCGAUUCGCAGGCAAACAGGUGUGCGCAAAGCAGGCUAGUCAUUUCCCAUUGUUUAACUGCCCCACGGCUCACACUCAAAUAACUACAACACAACAUCCGUGAGUCAAAAGAACGCAACAUCCGAGAGUCAAAAAGGCUUGUGGGAGUUUAGUAAACGAUAAGCCCGCAGUGGGAGUACAUGUAUUUUGACUAGAAUCCAAAAUUUAGCUUUUUUAAAACUCAUUAUCCCCAAAUCAAAUAACUAUUUAUUGUUUAAUAGAUGGACAGAAAAUUGCGAUAAAAUUAUCCAAACAAAUUACCAAGAAAACAAACACAUUAAAGGUUUCCGUCGAGAAGUAUAAUGCAUCCCUGCUUGCUGGUGUGAUCGUGUGGAAGGGCUACCUGGUUGUCUCGACUUUGAUGAUGUAAAAGAUCCAGAGUCUUCUAUAUAUCAAGAUUUUAAAGUUGUUGCAGAUGAACAGGUCCCGUUCUCGAUUAAGAGAACCGUAAUUGACCUUCACCAUCUCACUGAAAGGUGUAAAGAAGAAUUGGGUCUUGUCAACAUCGAAAUAGCAAGGUUGGUGAAAUAUUACACCAAGAGAAAAAAUGAAUUCCAGGAAUUCAUAGAGAAGCACAUGCAGAUUCUGCACUGUAUAUGAGAGGUCUUUGCUGCAUUUUGCAAAAACGAGCAUGUGAAGAAGAAAACAAGUUAUACUGGCUUGGAUGUCUCCUUUGUGAUCACCUUACUGUAAGUAUGUUCUCGUUACUUCAGCAGGAAUUUAAAUUUUGCAGCAUUGCAGAAUUUUCUACCGAUAAUUUGCAAGCAGAAUCAGAAAUGCAGGACCUGCUUUGUGAUUCAGAUAGUGAGGAUGAUAUAGAUGAGGAUGUAUUUGAAAUAGGAAUUUCAGAUGAUGAUGCUGAGGAUGACGAUGAUAUGUUGCUUGAUUGCUAA